AUUAUUGGUGACGCUUAUUUAGUUGCCAGUGGACUACCUCACAGGAAUGGAAAUAGACACUCGAGUGAAAUCGCCGAUAUGUCAUUAUUUGUGGUUAGCGCAAUGUUAUCUUUCAAAGUGGCACACAUGCCAAACCAUAAACUACAGGUCCGCAUUGGGCUUCAUACUGGUCCUUGUUGUGCAGGAAUCAUUGGUAUCAGAAUGCCGAGAUAUUGUUUAUUUGGAGACACUGUCAACACAGCUUCACGCAUGGAAUCUACAGGACAAGGAAUGAGAGUUCACAUUACAGAGUCAACGAAGAAUUCCUUGCUUGACAACUCAGCUGACUAUAUUAUUUCUAGCCGAGGCAAAACAAUGAUUAAGGGUAAAGGUUUAAUGCAAACUUACUGGUUGAAUGGCAAACGAGGAUUUAGCCAGCAGCUUCCAUUGGUUUCAGAAUUUAACGAUACGGAAUCAACCUUAUAUUCUACGAACUGUUUGCAACACAGUAAAAGUGUCCAAGUACCACCAUUGCCUGAAGACUCAGCCAAUGUACCAGGAAGUGUCGACCAGAAUCAGUUCGAGUAAGAAAAAGAAAAC